UGUGACUUAAGGACUCGGUCAGUAGUUAGUAGCCAAUUCUGUGGCCUUAUAAGUUUUUUUUUUAUUAGCCAAGUCGUAUCUGUUUUGACAUUUGACUUUUGUUGCUAUCACUGACAUAGUGACAUGUGCAAAUUCACAGCGGCCGAGUUUCUUGGUUAGGACAACUAGAUUCACCUAGAAUCGAUUUGAUGGCAGUCUAGUAGGCCUACCCCUCCAAAUAAAAUAAGCAGUUUCAAUAUGCACAAUACACUGAUUUGAUGCCUCAUAUUUUCAAGAAUUUGUGAGAAAAGGCACUUCAACUCCCUUUUCUUCUAACAUGCUGUUAAAAUCGUAAAGGCAAAGAUAGUCAUAAAAAUGAGUGCACAUGUGAAUCAAGAUCAGAGCACAAGAAUGUUCAAGGUGGUUGCUAUAGGUUCCACAGAAGAAUAUAUUCUGGGAGAUACUGUUGAACCUGUCAUCCCUGAACCUGGGUUAAAAUAUGACGCUGACAAACUGGAAGAUGUGCAAGUAAAAUGCAAAACGGAACCUGAAGAUACUGAUAGCAAAAAAAAUGUAAUACAAGAUCUUGUUAAACUCGUAAAAUUAGAACACAGUGGUAACUUAUUGGAGGAAAAUCCUUUCAUGAUAUUACAGAAUGAACCACCAUGGGAUGAUGACGAUCUCGAAAGAAAACUAGAUCAGUUCACAAAUGAAUUGAAAAAUAAAGAGAGGAAAUUGAAAAGUCAUAAGAUGACCACAGAUGCAAUCUCAAGUCCUCAGGUAAAAUUCCAAUCAAAUGAUGUUCAUCCACGCAGUAUCAGAAGAAACUUAGUACAGACCAAGUUGAAAUUUCCUAAAGUUGAAGAUACAAAUAUGACUUUAAGACGAAGCCCAAGAAAGGUUUCAGUUGUCUGCAAAAACAAUGAAUUGAAGAAAUCCUUAGGUGUAAACAAAGAGCAGCAGUGUAAAAUUCCUUUGAAAAGUCUAGAAAUUAUUGAAAUAGAUGAAAGCUCAAGUGACAAUGACCGAGAAGAGAACUGUAUAUCAGAACACAUGGAAGAUAAAUCUGAUACGCAACACAGAUCUACCAACUCAAAGAGUCCAUCAAAUGUGAGUAUUAACCUUAUAUUGUAGGCUAAUUAACAUUGA